AUGAAGAUUGAUACACAAGUCAUCCCUAAGAGAGAUGGUUUCAAAUACCAUGGGUCUGUAAUACAAGGCAACGGGGAGAUUGAAGAGGAUGUUACUCACUGUGUUGGAUCAAGGUGGAUGAAAUGGAGGAUUCCAUUUGGAGUUUUGUGUGAUAAAAAUGUACCUCCUAGACUAAAAGGAAAGUUCUACAGAGUGGCGGUUAGGUCGACUAUGUUGAAAGAAAAGAUCAGGAACGAAGUGAUUAGAGAUAUGGUGGGAGUGGCCCCUGUGGAGGACAAGUUGCGAGAAUUGAGGUUGAGGUUGUUCGAGCAUGUGAAGAGGCGAGACAUAGCUGCUCCAGUUAGGAGGUGUGAGAGGUUGACCAUAGCAGAUCUGAGGAAGGGCAAGGGUAGGCCUAAGAGGUAUUGGCAUGAGGUGAUUAGGCAAGACAUGUCACUGCUUUAG